AUGGGUAUCAAAGCUGGAGCCUAUCCCAGCUACCACAGGGAGAGAGGCACCUCUGGACAGAUGCGGCAAAGAGAAGAAGAGAUGAAUCCUUUAGAGUGGAUUUUGUUUUUCAUAUGCGUUUGCUUCAAAGUUACUCAAACAAAAGCCUCAUCUUGGACCACUGAUGUGCCAUCCUCAGUUAAAGGUCUCCGUGGCUCAUGUGUGGUCAUCCCAUGCUCUUAUGACUACCCAGCUGGAGAAGACCAAAAAGUCAAUGUAUUCACAGGGAUUUGGAAGACCACUGAGAGAGACCAAGUCAUCUAUCAUCCAACUGAAUCUAAAAUUCUGGAGCAACAUAGGAGACGAACAAACCUAGUGGGAAACAUCAGAGAGAAGAACUGUUCUCUGAUGAUUCAAAACCUUCAAGAACCUGAUGGGGGGUCUUUUUAUUUCAGGAUAGAACUUAAAGGAUACGCUAAUUUUUCCUAUUUAACUAAAAAAGUUGUUAUUUCAGUGACUGAUGAACCAAACCCCAUCAGUUUAUCUAUGAAAGAAGAGGUAAAGGAGGGUGAAAAUGUGUCUGCUUCCUGCUCUGUGUCUCACUCCUGCCCCACAUAUCCACCUGAUUUCCACUGGAGUCACUCUGGAGAGCGACAUGAUCAAACACAGAAGCUUCAUGAAGGCCAGUGGAAUUCAACAUCUACUCUGACCUUUCGCUCAAACCGCACUGAUCACAACAAACCUUUACAAUGCAGUGUUACAUACCACGGUGGAAAGCAGCGGGAACAAUACAAGAUCAUUAAAAUAAAAUAUGCCCCUGACAUUAAGACUUCUUCUAAGUGCUCCUCAUAUGAUGGCAUAGUAACAUGUGAGUGCAUCAUAGAUUCUGAGCCUCCCAGCACGGUCCUUUUUGUUCUUGGUGACAAAGUGCUGCAAAGCAGCAAAGUAGAGAAAAAUGGCUCUGUUACUACUGAAAUUCUGCAGGUAGACUUUGGGUCUUUCAAGUUUGUGCACUGCCUGGCAAACAACAUGCUGGGAAAUGCUAACCUCAUGCUUUCAUUAUCUGAUAAAGACAACAUGCAAAUUAUUCUUAUUGCCUCUGGGGCAGGUGUGAUUUUGUUGAUCAUUUUGAUAGCCACAGGAGUGGGAGUUGAAAAAUGGACUAAAAAAUCAGGAGCAACACAAACGUCUGACACGAGCACCAUGAGGUCAGAUGGACCUGUGGAGCUCCGUAGUUCUGCCCCAACAAAAAGGAACGAGGACUAUGACAAUGUCCACUGCAAUGACCUUUACAACAGUGAUCAUGUAUAUGGCAACACAGGGAGUGAUUCGGCUGAGCAAGUAUAUGCCAAUGUGUAACCUGUGGAAGACCAGCUGCCAUGUGUCUCAGAUAAGAGUCAGGGAAAUGUGAAAAGAUCCUAGUCCUAUUUUUAUCUUGUCGAACUUAAGUAUUAUAUUCCAGUUUUUCUAUUUUCUGUCAUUCAAAUUUCUUUGUAAAACAUAGUCAGUAUAUAGGAAAGGCCAAUUUGUGCUUUGCCUUGAUGUGAUAUGCUUUGAAAAUUUACCAUUUCAAUAUUUGUUGACCAGUGAAUAUGUUUAAUAAGUGUUUGAUUAUUAUUAAUUUUGUUAUUAAUUAGCCAGUAACAACAGAGGAUGUGCCUUUUGUCUUUAUGAGAAUGACAAAACACGUAACUCUUAAUGUUUUAACCCGAGUAAAUAUAUAUAUAGAAAUAUAUGUGGAAAUAUAAUCUGUAAAUGUAUGUUAGAAAUAUUGUUCUUUGUGUGUGCUACAUGAAUAUGUGGCAUCAGCAUUAACACCUUCACAGAUAUGGGUAACCACAUGUCCAAAUUUAAUGUGGGAUUACACUGAAUUUUUAUCUCCAUCCAUCCAUUAAUGCAUUUUCAACCACCCUAGGUGGCAGGACAAAAUGUGACAUUUUGGCCUCUGGAUUUCCAGGCCAUACUCGGCACAGAUUUAUGGCACUCCAUGUACACACAUACAAUCUACAUUCAAUCUAUAUUCAGCAACAACUUCAUUAGAUACACCUGUUAGAUUAGAUACACCACGACUCAUCAGGCCUCCAGUCACCAGAUCUCAUUAUAGAGUCCUUGGGAUGUGUUUGAAAGGCAAAUUUGGACUGGAAGCUGUGACACAAGACUCAAUUUUCUAUUUGUUGCAAGAAAACUUCUGACAGUGUGCUACUGUGCUUCCUCUUUCAUAGAUAUUUGAACAAAAAGUUUGAAGUAAUGUGAUUGAAAACACCAAAGUAAUGCUGGACAGUAUUGAGAAAAGUGACCAAUCUAGAGCUGUGACUGACAAAAGUGCAAAUUGUUUUAAUGAGUUGUCAGCUGCAAGUGAGAAAUGCAACACAAUGAAAAAUAUAUGUAGCAGCGAAAUCGUAGUUGUUUCUAUGAGAAUGUCUGAUGUGGGUGAGGAAAUAUGUUAGUGAUUUGAGAACUGGUGAAGACCAGUGAGAAUGAAUAUUCUGCUGUGAGAAUUGAGCCAAAGCGAUUGAGUAAAACUGUAAUGCCUUCUGUGUGGAGAAGAGUUAUCGAACUGAAUUCAGUUUGAAUUCAACAGAACAGAUCUUCAGUUGUGAUGAGUGAAGGGGUAACAGCAAAUAGUCCAUGUGGUGCUAGUACAGCUUUGUGAAGGCUUCUUUGUCCAAUCUCUCUUCAGAAGGCAGCUGUCUCUCUGAACUUAUGAAGAGGAAAUGAGACCAGUUCUUUUUAGAAUUGAUCUAUUUAAAAUAUACUGGGUCAGAGGUUUUUGAGCGUGCAAAGAAGUGUGAAAACAAAUCAUGCAACACAACAUGUCAUUUGACUGUAUGCUGGCAAGUAAGUAAAAGAAAUCCAGUGCUGACACCUCUGCACAAACAAUAUGAGGUCCAGUCUUUGUUGUUAUAGAUUAAAAUGAAUUUUGUACAAUAAAAAUAAAAAUAUGUUUA